AUGGCUGCUUUCGCCAGAAUGGUGAAGGGCCAAGUGCGCAAUUAUUCCGCACCUGUGGAUAUGGCUAUUCCUGCCUCCAAGCGGAAGUUCAUUCCCUCGUCCGGAUCGUACCCUAAAGGCUUCGUCGUCUCUGGUACACACGUUGGAGUCAAAGCGUCGAACACCAGGUUCCCCGAUCUCGCUUUGAUCUCGUCCGAAACGCCAUGCUCUGCCGCAGCUGUGUUCACCACCAACAAGUUCCAGGCUGCACCGGUGCAGGUGAGCAAGGAUAUCCUCAAAACCCGCCAGGGUCAAGGCAUCCGGUCCGUGGUGAUUAACUCAGGCUGCGCCAAUGCCGUCACCGGCAAAGGAGGUCUGGAAGAUGCAGUGAGCAUGGGCAAGAAGGUAGACGAAUGCGACGGACUCAAGGAGCCCAGCACGCUCGUCAUGAGUACCGGUGUCAUCGGCCAACGCCUCCCAAUCUCGAAGAUCCUCAGCAAGGUCCCAGUAGCCCACUCCAACCUCUCCUCCACGCAUGACGCCUGGCUCACCACAGCCCGCGCAAUCUGCACAACGGAUACCUUCCCCAAGCUUCUCUCCCGCACAUUCACGCUCCCCUCCUCCCCAGGCCGCACCUACAGCCUCGCCGGCAUGACCAAGGGAGCCGGUAUGAUCCACCCGAACAUGGCCACUCUCCUCGGCGUGCUGUGCACCGACGCGCCAAUCGAACCCUCCGCCCUUCAGUCCCUCCUCAAGCACUCCGUCAAUCGCUCGUUCAACUCUAUCUCCGUCGACGGCGACACCAGCACCAACGACACAAUCGCCAUCCUCGCCAACGGCGCCGCAGGCGGAGCACCCAUCAACUCCGCCUCGUCGGACGACUACGCCGCAAUGCAGGAGAUUCUGACUUCGUUCGCACAGUCGCUAUCUCAGCUUGUUGUGCGCGACGGUGAAGGAGCCACUAAGUUUGUUACUGUCCGUAUCCAGAACUCUCCCGACUAUGAAUCCGGUCGGUUGAUUGCGUCUACCAUUGCCCGCUCCCCGCUCGUUAAGACGGCCUUGUAUGGUAAGGAUGCGAACUGGGGUCGUAUCCUUUGCGCUAUUGGCUAUACUCAGGGCGUGGCGCCGGGAACUGUCGUUCCUGAGCGCACAAGCGUUAGCUUCAAGCCUGUUGAUGGUAGCCCCGUGUUGAACUUGCUGGUGAACGGUGAGCCGGAACAGGUCGAUGAGGAGCGUGCUAGUGUUAUUCUCCAGGAGGAGGAUCUGGAGAUUGUUGUUGACCUUGGCGGUGGUGAGAAGGGUGAGCAGGGUCUUGGUGGUGAGGAGGCUGUUUACUGGUUCUGUGACUUCAGCCAUGAGUAUGUCACUAUCAAUGGCGACUACAGAACUUAA